CUCUUCAAGCAGGCGAUGCGCCAUUGGGAGAACUUCACUUGCAUCAAGUUCGUGGAGCGCGAUGCGAAGCUGCAUGCCAACUACAUUUACUUUACAGUCAAAAAUUGCGGGUGCUGCUCGUUUUUGGGGAAAAAUGGCAAUGGCCGCCAGCCGAUCUCUAUAGGCCGCAACUGCGAGAAAUUUGGCAUUAUUAUCCACGAGCUUGGCCACACCAUUGGCUUCCAUCACGAGCACGCGCGCGACGAUAGGGACAAGCACAUAAUCAUUAAUAAGGCGAAUAUUAUGCGUGGUCAGGAGUAUAACUUCGAUGUGCUGUCUCCGGAGGAGGUGGACCUACCACUGCUCCCCUACGACUACAACUCCAUAAUGCACUAUGCCAAGAACUCUUUCUCUAAAAGCUCAUACCUGGACACAAUCACGCCAAUUGGCAUUCCGUCGGGCGUCCACAUCGAACUGGGGCAGCGGCGGCGUCUCAGUCGGGGCGACAUUGUUCAGGCCAAUCUGCUCUACAAAUGCGCUCCCUGCGGUCGCACCUUUCAGCAGAACUCGGGUCGCAUAAUCUCCCCACAUUUUCUGCAAACAGACGUUGUGGGUAGCAAUGGAGGGGUACCUAACGAUUUCGAGGGCAGUGGGUACUCCGACGAGGAUGAGGAUAAGCGGCAGCUCGAUGCUGCAGUCGGAAGUUGCGAGUGGCGCAUCACGGCUACCAAUGGCGAACGCAUUAUUCUGUACUUGCAACAGCUACAUCUGUUGGCAUCUCCGAACUGCACGCAGGACUACCUCGAGAUUCGAGAUGGCUACUGGCAUCGCUCCCCAGUGAUGCGGCGCAUUUGUGGCAACGUUACGGACCAAAAAAUUACCACUAAAACGAGCCGCAUGCUCAUUAACUACGUUAAUCAUAAUGCGGCACGUGGCUAUCGUGGGUUCAAGGCAAACUUUGAGGUGGUCUGUGGAGGCGACAUUUUGCUGGACAAAGACCAAUCCAUUGACUCGCCCAACUACCCCCUGGAGUACAUGCCCGAUAAAGAGUGCAUCUGGCGGGUUACGGCCCCAGAGCACCACCAAGUGGCGCUUAAGUUCCAAACGUUUGAGCUGGAGAAGCACGACAGUUGUAUAUACGACUUCGUUGAAAUUCGCGAUGGAAGUCGUAAUGACUCCCGGCUAAUAGGACGGUUCUGCGGUGAAAAGAUACCCCCAAAUAUUAAGUCACGAACCAAUCAGAUGUACAUCAAGUUUGUAUCGGACAACUCUGUGCAGAAGCUGGGAUUUUCCGCCGCCCUCAUGCUAGACAUGGAUGAAUGCAAAUUCAAGGAUCAUGGCUGCCAACAUAUAUGCAUUAACACUUUGGGUAGCUACCAAUGUGGCUGCCACGCCGGGUACGAGCUGCAAGCCAAUGGCAAGAGUUGCGAAGAUGCAUGUGGUGGCAUUGUGGAUGCCACCAAAUCGAACGGCACUCUGUACUCGCCCUCCUAUCCUGAACCCUAUCCGAACGCCAAGGAGUGUGUGUGGGAAGUUGUAGCUCCGCCAAAUCAUGCCGUGUUCCUCAGAUUCACGCAUUUCGAUGUAGAGGGCACGAAGUUCCAGUACAGCAAGUGCAAUUACGAUUAUCUGGUCAUCUAUUCAAAGAUGCGAGACAACCGUCUCAAGAAGAUUGGCACCUAUUGUGGGCGUGAGCUGCCCCCAAUGGUUAACUCAGAGCAAAAUGUUUUGCGCCUGGAAUUUUAUUCCGAUCGGACCGUGCAACGUAGCGGUUUUGUGGGCCAGUUUGUCAUAGAUGCUGAUGAGUGUGCGGUGAACAAUGGUGGCUGCCAGCACCGGUGCCGUAACACCUUCGGGAGCUAUAAAUGUAGUUGCCGAAACGGCUACACACUAAGCGAGAACAGCCACAACUGUACAGAAACGAAAUGUAAGUUCGAGAUCACUUCGUCGUACGGUUUGCUGCACAGCCCCAACUACCCGGGCGAUUAUCCGCGAAACAUCUACUGUUACUGGCAUUUCCAAACCGUGCUGGGCCACCGGAUACAACUGACUUUUCAUGACUUUGAUGUGGAGAACCAUCAGGAGUGCAUUUACGACUAUGUUGCCAUCUACGAUGGGCGCUCAGAGAACAGCUCCACUCUGGGCCUUUAUUGUGGAGGCCGGGAACCGUAUGCUGUUACGGCCUCCAGCAAUGAGAUGUUUAUGGUACUUAAAACCGACGCCGGCCUGCAGCGCAAGGGCUUCAAGGCUACUUUUGUUUCAGAGUGUGGUGGCUACCUUCGAGCUACGAACCACACCCAGGUGUUUUACUCACAUCCGCGAUAUGGAAGUCGCCCCUAUAAAAGGAAUAUGUACUGUGAUUGGCGCAUUCAGUCUGAUCCGGAAAGCAGCGUCAAGAUCAAGUUUUUGCAUUUUGAAGUGGAGUACUCGGAGCGAUGCGACUAUGACUUCUUGGAGGUUACAGAGGAAGGAUAUGCUAUGAACACUAUUCACGGGCGCUUCUGUGGCAAGCGCAAGCCUCCAAUAAUUAUCUCCUACUCGGAUACCUUACUGCUCCGUUUCCAGACGGACGAGAGCAACUCAUUGCGAGGUUUUGCCAUUUCGUUUAUGGCCGUUGAGCCGCCCGAUGAUGACGGUGGUGAGGAUUUUGAAACGGUUACUCCGUUUCCAGGCUAUCUGAAGAAUAUGUACGCGUCUGAGACGGCCAGUGACGUAUCCGAUUUGGGGACAGUUGUGGCUCAGCGAGCACAUUUUCUACCCCCAAGCAAAUUGGUUUAA